GCUCCGCAAGUUACACUGGGCAACAGCAGAGAAGGCAGAUCCACACACCCACCUCCUCCUUUCAGGAAGGACAGUCCUUCCCAACUCUGCUCGACUGACCUCCUACUUCUCAUGGGCCAAAACCAGAUCACAGGUCCCCCGCCAGUGGCUGGCGAAGGAAUGCCCCGCUUUAAUUCAUCGACAGGGCCCUGGCUCUGGGCCCUACGGUGCGGAACCGCCGCGAGCUCGGCGGCGGAGCGGGAGGAAGCGGCGGGCCGGAGUCGGGGCAGCUGGUUACAGCAGGGGUCUGGAGCCUCAGGCGGGAGGACCUGGGCGCCGGAGCGGAGCGGCCCCGCCUCUGGGCCUCGGCUUCCGAGUGCACAGCCCCAGGGGCCCGGCGCCUGCGCCCUCGGGGCUGUAGAGGUGUGGGGCGCUCCCAAACUUAUCCACAAGGUGCCACCAAAAGCCGCAACCGCGCCCAGCGCAGCACCCGGCCACGACCUCGGUGGCUCCCAGGGCGCAGGCCGGAGUCCAACUCUGGGAGCCGAGGCGUCAACCGGACCACAACUCCCAGAAACCGCGGGAAAUCUCCCACGCGGAUUGGCCCGCUGCGCCAUCUAUCAGUCUACCAACAGCAGGAAGAACUGCCGACGGGGCCCAACGGCCAAUCACAGGAGAGAGGAGGCGGGCGGCCCGCCUGCCGAUCCCGAGGCCGUGGCUCAAGUAUGGCGGAUACUAAACCAAGGGGCCUUCGGGGCCCCACAGCCGAUUCUAUGACCCGGGAAGGUCAAGCCACCCCUCCCCUACGAAACAGCUGCGUUAGGGCAGACAGGCAAAGCCCCUCGAGCACCUGUCUCCGAGAAGACUGCGGCCUCCGAUACCCCGGCCUGCGGCCCUGGCUGUGCAGGGACUCCGCGCUCCUCGCGGGCCACGCCCCCAGCCUCCUCAUAGGCUCCCCCGAACACUUGCGAAGGAACCUGGGCGUGGCGAGCCCGGGGCCGGCCUCCGGGUGGGCCUGACAGGCCGGCUGACUCGGGCCUGAGGCCGCAUGGACAGCCUGGCGCUGGGUCAGUGGCGACGGCGGAAGCCGGAGGAGCUGCCGGUUCCGGGGGACGCGAAACGGGCAUGCCAGAGGUCAGAAGCCAGCGGGCAGGAGCCUGGCUGCCACCAGGAGAGCACAUGCACCCUGGCGUCCUGGAGCACAGAGGACCAGGGGCCUCAAUCAAGAGGUUGCCCCUCUGCACUGUGGCCAGAAGGUGCCCAGGGCAGACCAUGCUCAGUGAUUUCUCAAAAUGGUGGAAGAAGCUCAGCCCAGCCUUGCCCAAGAUGUAUCGCGGGGGAAUCUGGGCAUUUUAACCACACUGAGAACCGUUAGAAGAUGCAAACUGGAAAAGGGAAGAUUCCAAUUUUGGCUCUGAAUCCUCUGUGUGACAGCAAAUGUAAAUCCCUUGCAGAUGGGUUUGGGCGCCCACCUGUUCAAACAGCAGCCUGGCGCUCUCUGCUGGGGGAUUGUUUGCCCUCUCGUUCAGGUAAUCCCUGCGUCCUCUGCACAAGAGCCUACAGAGCCUGCGUUACUUCUAGAGAGCCCCUAAGUCGUUAUGACUCACUAUAGCUGCCUUUCAAACGUGUCUUGCUGGAGAGGGAAAUCAGUUGCAUUAUUUAAAAGUUUAAAAAGUUCUGUAUUGACCCCCCUGUGAGGUUUGGGAGCCCUGUGGCUCAGGGAAUCAUAUCCAGAUGUUGCCUUGCUUUUAUACUUUGGGAUUGUUUUGUAGAUGUAUCCAGGGCUACUCACAUACUCUUUUUAAUUAAAAGACUUAUUUUUUAUAUUUAAAAUGCUCUAUAAUCUUGAAGUGGAUUUUAUUAAAUGCUAGUAUCCAAUCUGUUCUAUGUAAUUCUACAAUUGAAGUUAACAGGGACAGGACCCACUCCAUAUUAAAAUGGAAAUUGCUUAUUUUCUCUUGGGUUUUGGAUGUAUCAUCGAACUGUGGAGACUAGUGUUAUUUUCUCCAGGUUUAAAAGCUUCCCAAGAUGGCCUGUUCGCAUGAUAGACAAGUUCCUAAAGAAAUCACUGGAUUAGAGAAUUGAUCUCAAGUUCUUAUAAACCUUCUAAAGCGGGAGGAGAGCCCGAGUCCCUGGUACACUCCAUGUUUCUAUCACUUUAUUCCACAGGCCAUGCUCCCUGUCAGGGACGUCCUCAGCACUGACAUUUGGAAGAGCCCAGUCCAUAAAUGCCGUGCUGUGCAGUCCUGGGGGGAGUUCAGUGGUGCCAAGAGGACCAGGGGAAGAUACAGCAGCGGGGGGACACUAGUGCCACUUGCAGUUGGAUUAUCCAGAAUCACAGGACACAGUGCCAUUAACCCUGAGUAAGGUGCCAGGGCCGAGAGCAGCUUGGAGAACACCAGCCCAUGCCCAAACAACCAUGGCUCCUUGUCAGAGCAGGAAAAGGUGUUGGGAUUUGUGCUUUAAGCAAAAUGUUUUCAAAGAGUUGUAGUUUGUUGUCUUUUCAAAAUGAGAUACAUACCUUGGAGUUUAUGGGGGGGAAAAAACACAUUAUUCUUGUGUGUAAACUCUUCCUUUUCCCUCAAACUUACAGAGAUGCCCCUAUAUCCAUGGCUGUGUAUUUUGGCAAAUGCAGCCUCACAGAAAUCACCUUGGCUGUUGAUAUGAAUGGAUGAAACAGCCCCUGGGCAUCAUCCUGCCCCAUAGAAGAUACCCCCAUGCCAGAAUCUGCAGGGUCACACAUAAGGCUUGUGUGAUUUCUCCCAUCUGUGUGGUGCGGGUGGAAGCCGCAGGAUUUGUCCUGGGCGUUGAAGAUGAGAGCACAGUCAAAGGGCGUGGCUGCUCCCUGCUGCACAGCCCUCCAGAUGCAAAGCAGCCUUCCCUCUGACAGGGCCCAAGGUCCUGCAAGGUACAGCAUGGAAAUGACCAGAGCGGGCAAAGAGGCCAGCCAGAAGUGGGGGCCUGCCAGUUUUACUGCAGCACCUGCAUGUCUCAGGUGGUAGAAAGAGCCCUGAACAGAGGAGCUGUGACAGCCAGUGAAGGAUGUGACGUCUGUAUUUUGUCUGCAUUUUCAGUGCAGGUCAGGUCACAAAUAGAAUGCUCUGAAACCCCAGUCUUGCCACCCAUCUUCCCUUCACUGGUGCCCCCUCGGAACCCUCCGACUCUGGCCUGUCUCGCAGCAGGAUCCCCGUUGGCCAUGCUGUCCUCAAGCUGGCAGCUUGACAGUCUGGCAGCACGACCCCCAGCCCACCUCUACCUGCUUGGUUGUCACAGAUGCUCCUGGCCUCUGGCCCACCUUACCAGUUCCAGAGUCACCCUAGCCACAAGCUCAGUGUCUGCUCCCUAAUCAGCUUCUCUCUUUAAGGCCCCACAGCCAAAAUGGUGUGAGGCCUGGGUGGAUUCCUGUUCAAGUGCCUUCUCACCUUCCUACAAAUAACCCCUGCCCUUGUGGACAAACAGAGAGAAUACAGAAAGGAAAGCAGCAUACUGUUCCCCGACGGCCACGACGGGUCUCCUGGCACAGGCCCUCCCAACAUGGACUUCUGUUUUGGUCCUUAAGUGCUGCUAUGUACCGAACCCUUCCCACACCACCUUAUGCAAAAGUCAUCUUAAAAGGUGGCAGAAGGUUUCACCUUUGAGUAGGAAAGUCCCACCUUUGAGUAGACUGUCACCUGGCCGUCUCUCCCUGGCUGCCCAGUUGCCGUAGGCUGGGUGCUGGGUGACGAGGCUGCACCCUGCGGGGGUGGCCUGGUCAGCCCUGUGGCAGGGCAGGUCCUCACCCUGGACCGUUCUCCUGGCCACACUGACUUGGCAACACCCCAGGUACCAAAGCAGGUUGGCUCACAGGCAGAACUUGCAUGGGUUUUGCUAAAUUAGGCUUUGACGCUGCCCAUGACAAGCAUGAAAUCUGAUUAUCCCUUUAAAGCACUUCCUCUCUGUUUUCUUGUUAAAAGAUAAGAAAAGAAAAAGACCUUUUCUCACACCCUGAGGAAACAGAUAGGCAUUUUUGUUUGUAUUCCAUUAGAUCAAUUUUCAAUUUGUUCUUUCUAAUCUGUCACUAUUGUUUUGUUUGUGGAGGGGCUGAAAAUACCAAAGUAUACUUUUGAUAAUUCUACAAAAUGUUUAUAGCUGCUUCUAAACCAACAAAUUAUAAAACAAAAAUCAUUUCAGAAAAUUUGAAUGCCUGCCAAGUUAAUAAAGACAGACCUAUUAACAUCAUUUGAAA